UUGACAUUUUAAAAAAACGGAAAGAGUUCCUUUUUGUUUGUUCACUUACGCUCUCUCUCUCUCUUUGGCGGAGGUUUUAUCGGGGGAAGAAGAAGAAGAUAGGAGAUUUCGACACGUAAUCGACGGGGGGAGAGAGAGAGAUCUGAAAGAGUCUUCUACUACGACUGAUUCCGAUGGGAACGCUGCAGACAUGGCGCAAAGCAUAUGGAGCCCUAAAAGACACCACCAAAGUCGGCCUUGUCCGCGUCAACAGCGAUUACGCCGAAUUAGAUGUGGCCAUAGUCAAAGCCACGAAUCACGUCGAGUGUCCGCCCAAAGAUCGUCAUCUCAGAAAAAUAUUUGCGGCAACAGGAGUGACACGUGCCCGAGCAGAUGUUGCCUAUUGCAUCCACGCCCUUUCCCGCCGCUUGCAUAAAACCAGAAACUGGACGGUUGCACUUAAGACGCUAAUUGUGAUUCACCGCCUUCUAAGGGAAGGCGACCCAACAUUCAGAGAGGAGCUCCUCAAUUUUUCCCAGAGAGGUCGUAUUCUUCAGAUUUCUAAUUUCAAGGAUGAUUCUGGCCCUAUCGCUUGGGAUUGUUCAGCGUGGGUACGUACUUAUGCAUUGUUUCUUGAGGAACGGCUUGAAUGCUUCAGGGUUUUAAGAUAUGAUACUGAGGCUGAACUUCUUACUAAGGGUACCCCAGGGCAGGAUAAGGGGUACAGUAGAACCAGGGAUUUAGAUGGUGAACAACUCUUGCUUCAGUUGCCUUCUUUGCAGCAGCUUCUCUAUCGCCUCAUCGGUUGCAAGCCAGAAGGCGCUGCUAACCACAAUCAUGUUAUACAAUAUGCACUUGCUCUGGUGUUGAAGGAGAGUUUUAAAAUCUAUUGUGCUAUCAAUGAUGGAAUCAUCAACCUCAUUGACAAGUUCUUUGAAAUGCCUAAACAUGAAGCCAUCACUUCCCUUGAAAUAUACAAGCGUGCUGGUCAGCAGGCUCGUAGCCUUUCUGAGUUCUAUGAAGCUUGUAAAGGACUGGAACUCGCUAGGAAUUUUCAGUUUCCUGUUUUAAGAGAGCCCCCACAAUCUUUUCUGACAACAAUGGAAGAGUAUAUUAAAGAAGCACCACGUGCUGUUGAUGCCCCAGCUGAACCACUGCUUCUAACUUAUAGGCCAGAUGAUGGACUCGAAGAUACGGAACCAUCUCAUGAAGAACGUGAGCUUGUGUUGCCUUCAGAUAAUGAUGUGGUUCUUGCAUCUGAAGAGACAGAACAUUCUCCUCCGCCUCCUCCGACUUUAGCUACCACUCAGUCACAGAACAUCAUUGAUACAGAUGAUUUACUGGGUCUGAAUACUGCCGUACCUGAUGCAUCAGCGAUCGAAGACCAAAAUGCACUUGCUUUAGCCAUAAUCUCAAAUGAUGGAAACUCUUCAACGCCUCGUUCUUUCCAAGCAAACGAUUACGACCCUACAGGAUGGGAGCUUGCGCUGGUAACAACACCGAGCAACGAUAUCUCUGCAGCCACCGAUAGGCAAUUGGCUGGUGGGUUAGACACGCUUACACUGAACAGUCUAUACGAUGAUGGAGCCUACAUAGCCUCUCAACGCCCUGUCUACGGUGCACCAGCUCCCAACCCAUUUGAAGUUCACGAUCCUUUUGCAACGUCCAAUGGGAUUCCACCACCUCCGCAACCAGCUGUGAACAACCCCUUUGGUGUUUACCAGCCAACUUAUGGGCAGCAGCAGCAGCAGCAUCAACUACAGCUAGCAUUAGCACCAACCCCCCGAGCCAAUAACAGUAGUAAUCCAUUUGGUAAUUUUGGGGAAUUCCCGGUUAACCCGGUUUAUCAGCAGCCAAAUACAAGCGGGUUUGGGGAUUUUGCGGUUAACCAGCAUAAUAAUCCGUUCCACAGCACUGGUCUCAUCUGAUUAUAUUUUCAAAUUUGUAUUUCAUUGGUUUUUUUGGUGGAGUGGAGAGAGAGUGUGUAAAUUGGUUUUAUUUGUGAGUAAUAUAAUCCACAUGAUUUUGUUUUA